AUGUCCGACUCCCCCCAAUCCCCUCCCAAAGAUGUCGAACAAGGUGUACAGUCACCCGACGAGGACGCACAAAUGAAUGAGUCUCAAGACCCACACGGCGGGCUCACCUAUGAGUUAGAGGUGAAAGAGCAGGACCGGUGGUUGCCUAUAGCCAAUGAGGACCGCGCAUAUAUCUAUUCGUCCAUGUCUCACGACUCGUCUCCCAAGUCGCCGGAGGCGCCACCUUCUUCCUCCAAGGCCGACAAGUAUGAUCUCUACGAUGCUAACAUACGGAAUUUCGCACCAGUGGCCCGAAUUAUGAAAAAUGCCCUUCCUGAGAAUGCAAAGAUAGCCAAAGAGGCGAAGGAGUGCAUGCAGGAAUGUGUCAGCGAAUUUAUCAGCUUCAUCACCUCUGAGGCCUCGGAGAAAUGUCAUCAAGAGAAGCGCAAGACUGUUAAUGGCGAGGAUAUCCUGUUUGCCAUGACAUCUCUAGGCUUUGAGAACUACGCCGAAGCUCUCAAGAUUUACUUGUCGAAAUACAGAGAACAGUCUCAGUCCAAUAGGGGCGAGAACCAGCAGAACCGCCCGGGCAGCCAAGGAUACGGCGCGGCAGGCGGUGCAAGUGGCUCCAACCCCAAUGCGUCCGGCUUUCAAGGUGGCGACCUUGCUGGUCAGCAAGGAGAUGCGUCUGACCCUGCAUACAUGUACGCUCAGGGUGGCCACAACGGUGCUGGAGCUGGCGAGUACUAA